CACAGUUUUUGCUCUUAAUUGUCUUUAUCCACAACAGUAUGUAUCUUCUUCUCUUUGUCUUUGCUUUGCUUACCUUUCUCUUCUUUUAUUUGUUGCAUUUGGAACAUUUGUACUCUUUUAACGGGCAUGUUCUCAUUUUGUGUUUUAUUUAUUUAUUACCUUCAUUGACCUAUUCACCUAUUUAUUCCAGAUUUAUUUUUCAUUAUGUUUUAUCUUGUUUUUGUUCUGUUUGAUUUUUUGGGGUUUUCAUUUUUAUUUUAGAUAUGAUGAACAGGGAUUUUCAGAGUGACCAUAACCUGACAAUCACCACCGUAUAUCCAACUGGUGUUCGUCGAUGAGCGGCGGGGAGUCACUGCAGGUGCGCCUCCACAGGGAGGUAGUUGGGUCAUUAUCAUCCGCGUCAAUUUUCGAGUCUGGAUCCAGAUCGUGCCUCAAACCCAAAAUCGGCAGAUCCACAAUAUCUCAAGCGAAAUCACCCACCUCCGACGACCCAAUAGCUCGGCAACUCCUUAGCGAAACCAGGCCAUGGUCGUCUUUGCCCCAGCGGACGUCGCGUUUUCGGGUCUCUUAUAAAUGCUGUGGAACGUCUAAUGAGUUUCAGCUCAAGAAGUUUCAACAAGAACAAAGGGGACAAGUGAAGAUUCUGAGUCAGUAUAUGGAAUUUUGCUGGAAAAUUAUGGUUGGUACAGUGAUUGGAUUUUUUGGGGCAGCCCUUAGGAGUAUAGGAGGUGUCAGUGAAGGCGGCAUUUUCGUUCCCAUGCCCGCUUUGAUUAUCGAAUUUGAUCCGAAAACUUCGACUGCAAUAUCUAAAUUUGAAAGGUUGUUUUCUAAAUCGAUAAACAAAAGUCCAAACUAUGUGCAAGGGAUGUUACUGAAGAAAAUGUCAAUCCACAGGGGAUUUUCGACUUGCCCCUUGAUCGAACACUUGACAUUUGAUACUGUUUCACAACAAUUGAGAUUAAAAAUAACAAUGUCAAAUACUUUGAAUACGCGUUGAUUUUGACAAUGACAUCAACAUAAUCUUUCAAAUUAGCGUAUUCAAAGUUUUUGAGAUUAUUAUUUUACCUCAAUUGUUGUGAAACCAUGACAGGUAUCAAAAGCCAAGUGUUCGAUCAAGGAGCAACUCGAUAUUUCCCGCAAAUGUUCUUCUACAAUGUCAACCUCAAAGAAGAAAACUUUACGCAGAUGCCAUGAAAGUACCUUCUCAACAGAUUCAAUUCUGCAUCUCUUGAUAUGCAAAUCCUCAAAGGUUUCAGCUUCAAAGACGAUCGACGGCAAACCAACGUAGCUCGAGAUUGAAAUCAGAUAGAACCUCUUAACGCUUAUAUCGAGCAAGAUAAUCGAGACUCAUUUUUCAAUAAGAGAAACAGAA